UGUACUAAAAAGCCGGUUUGAAAGCGAUUCUCGGGAUCGCGUAUAGACUACCUACCAUUAACCAUAGACUACAGAGUAGUAGAGGUUUAGAAGUUCCGUCUGUCAAACAAAUCUUUUCUUUUCCAACCCAGCCAAGAUGGGUAUCAGUCGUGAUCAUUGGCAUAAACGGAGAGCUACGGGCGGCAAGCGUGCCCCCAUCCGUAAGAAGAGGAAGUAUGAGUUGGGCCGCCCGGCUGCCAACACUAAGCUUGGCCCCCAGCGCAUUCACUUGGUGCGCUCUCGCGGUGGCAACACGAAAUAUCGUGCACUGCGUUUAGACACUGGCAAUUUCUCGUGGGGAUCAGAAUGCUCCACCCGCAAAUCCCGUAUCAUUGAUGUGGUGUACAAUGCUUCCAACAAUGAGUUGGUGCGUACCAAGACUUUGGUGAAGAACGCUAUUGUUGUGGUGGAUGCUACACCCUUCAGGCAGUGGUAUGAGUCUCACUACUUGCUGCCUCUUGGAAGGAAGAAGGGUGCCAAAUUGACUGAGGCAGAGGAUGCCAUCAUCAACAAGAAACGCAGCCAGAAGACUGCCAAGAAGUAUCUGGCUAGGCAGCGCCUCUCCAAGGUUGAGGGUGCAUUGGAAGAGCAAUUCCACACUGGGCGUUUGUUAGCGUGUGUAGCCAGUCGACCUGGCCAGUGCGGCCGCGCCGAUGGUUACAUCCUAGAAGGCAAGGAGCUUGAGUUCUACUUAAGAAAGAUCAAAUCCAAGAGGGCGAAGUGAGAAGUGUAAUGUAGAAAUAAAUACAAAAAAGUA